AUGGCCCUCGCCUGGAGCCCUCUCAAGUCCACAGUCUUUGCAGCAGUGUCCCGCCCCGCUUCAUCAUUACCGGCUGCCGCCUCCCCCGCCACCUCUAUCCUCUGCAACGCCGUCCGUCACAUGAGUUACAAGCUCAAGACCAACUCUUCCGCCAAGAAGAGAUUCGUUGCCCUCCCCUCAGGAAAGUUCAAGCACUGGAGAUCAGGAAAACGCCACAUCAACACUGGCAUGGAUCGCGGUCGUCUUAACAAGGCCGGUAUUGCCUCCUACGCCACUCCUCGCCAGUCGAAGCACUUGCGUCGCUUGAUGCCCUACGCAUAA